UUUCGUGUUUCAAAAAAUAUUGAAACUUGUGAAAAUAUAGUGCUGAAAUCAAUAUAAUAUUUCUAUUUAUAUACACUCAAUAUGUUGCGUAGCACUACCAGUAUUUUUAAUAAAAUAUCACCGAGAGGCUGUGGUAUUUUAAUUUUCAAAAGCCAUUCUCAUACGACUAGCACUGAAGCUAGUAGUCAAGCUGAAGAGCCCAAUAAGACAGAAUCUAAACGGCUAGCUGAAUUUAGGAAAAAAUUGAGAGAAACUACUCCAAUAAAUGAUCUUGGUGAGCAACCCGAAUUUGCUGCUAAUGAAAAAGAAGAUCCACUUCCAGCUUGGCCAGACAAUACCAAUCCACAUACAGGGGAGGUUGGAGGACCAAAAGGCCCGGAACCAACCAGAUAUGGAGACUGGGAAAGGAAAGGUCGGGUAACAGAUUUUUAAACAAUGUGAUCUGUGAUCUAGAUUAAUAAUUU